AUGCGUAUAGCCGCCAUCAGGAACCUCCUUCUCACUGCGAGCGUCGCGUCAGCAGCUAUGACCAGUGAUAACUUGAAGUCAUGUCUUAAAUCUGCUUUGAAAGAGGGGGACAGCGUCGCUUUCUCAGGCGAUAUCUUCUACCAGCUUGUAGACGCGAAGCGCUAUAACCUCAACAUUCACGUCACUCCAGCUGCCAUCACGUUUCCGAGUUCGUCGCAGGAGGUCGCUGCGGUCGUCAAAUGUGCCGCAGAUAAUGGUUAUCCCGUCCAGGCGAAGAGUGGAGGGCAUAGCUAUGGCAAUUAUGGUCUGGGUGGAGUCGAUGGAGCUGUUGUAGUUGAUCUCAAGAACCUCCAGCAGUUCUCCAUGGAUACCACAACCUGGGUUGCAACAAUUGGGUCUGGAACCUUGCUGGGAGACGUGACACAGCGUCUUCACAAUGCUGGAGGACGAGCCAUGUCGCACGGAACUUGUCCGCAGGUUGGCUCUGGUGGGCAUUUCACCAUUGGUGGCCUUGGACCUACGUCGCGACAGUUUGGUGCCGCGCUGGAUCACAUUGUCGAAGCCGAAGUUGUGCUGGCUGACGGGAGUAUCGUGACAGCUUCGGAUACCCAAAACCAGGAUGUUUUCUUCGCUAUCAAGGGCGCUGCGUCUGGUUUUGGAAUUGUCACUGAGUUCAAGGUUCGGACAGAGCCUGCGCCCGACACGGCUGUCAAGUUUGAGUAUACCCUCAAGGUCGGAAGCACUGAAGAGCGAGCCACUCUUUUCAAACAAUGGCAAGCAUACGUCUCCAACCCCGACUUGACACGAAAGUUAGCUUCCACACUCACUCUACUCGACGACAGUAUGGUCAUCACGGGCACUUUCUUCGGUACGGAGGAAGAAUACAACGCUCUGAACAUAGGAAGUCAAUGGCCCGGUGUGAACGGAAAAGCUAUCGUCUUCCAAGACUGGCUUGGUCUUGUCGGUAAUUGGGCCGAAGACGUUGCUUUGAAACUUGUAGGAGGCAUCCCCUCGCACUUUUACGCCAAGUCCACGGCUUGGACGCCUAGCGAUCUGAUGGACUCCGACACGAUCGACAAGAUGUUUGCGUAUAUCGACAGCGCAGACAAGGGGUCAUUGGCUUGGUUCGUUCUGUUCGAUUUCCAAGGUGGUUACACAAACGAUAUCCCGACCGACGCGACAGCGUAUGCCCACCGCGACGUUCUGAUUUGGAUGCAAUCGUACAGCGUCAGUUUGGUGGGUGCUGUUAGGCAGGCCCAGUUCGAUUUCCUGGACGACCUCAACACGCUUGUCACCAAUGACAAAGCUCCUUAUGCUGCCUAUUCGGGAUAUGUUGAUCCCCUCUUGCCAGACGGUCCAGAGGCAUACUGGGGGUCUAACCUUCCACGACUACAGCAAAUCAAGAAGAAGAUUGAUCCUCAAAAUGUGUUCCGCAACCCGCAGACUCCGUCUCCUGCAAGCUAA